AGGUCGCAACCAUAGUUACGGACGCCAUUAUUCAUACACAAGUAGGUUUAACGCAGAUACGGCCAUCUCGGUGACAUUCAAGAGGAUACUCGCUUUUCACAUAGUCGCCUUUCAUACCCAGAACUAUGGCAGCGUCCUUCGAUACCCCCUACACCUUCACGGCGACCGGUGACCUGGGCAUCCAGCGGGAUACCAUGCUUAAUAACGAACUUCUGCUGAGGGACCAGCUGGGCAGACCCAAGAGACGUGGCUACCUCUCUGCAGAUGGUUUCACCUUUGGUCGGCCAAAUGAAAGACGCGACAACAGUGCUGGCGAUGCUCUGCGUGGAUGGAGUGGCACCACCUCAUCCUUGCCCUUCCACCAUCAGGAGAAGAAGGCAGAGAGAGACUUCAUGUCCUUGAACCGUGCUGCAGUACAGGCGGGGCUAGUCACAGCACCAGAACACUACGAGUUCCGAGCUACUCAUGAUGUGAGGCGGCGUGCUUCGGGGGAGGAGAAGAAAAGGACGCGGGUCCGACGAAUCCCCCCAACCAUGGUGUUUGGCAUCUCUACAAGACCGUCAACACCCAUCUUUGACCUGUUGGAGCACAAGUACCAGGAUCGGUGGCAGCAACAGCGCCGCCAGCAGGAGCUAGCCAAGAAGCAGGAGGACACUAAGAGGAGAAGUCACACUGCCCCGCCUCUAUGUAAGCAGCGUUCAGGAGCAGUGUACAGCACCAGAGCCUCACUCCUGAAGACGUACCAGAACCCUGUCGACCCCGCCCCACUCUGGCAGAUGCCCAGGUUUGCCAGGAAUGCUCAGCCCCACCUCCAAACGUUCCGCUCUGCAAGGAACCGUGACGAAGCGAUUGCUCACUUCGAACAUGAUGGAAUCUCCAGGAAGGGUACCCUCGGACACGGGGUAUACGAAACCGCCAAGUCCUAGACAAUCGUUGUAUAUUUUGUGAUAUAGCAUGGACUGCGUCAGUUACUUGUGAUGUUUCAUACAUGCCCAUCAGUAUUCUGUGUGGCGCCGGAUAUUACAUGUGGCCAUUUCAGCUGGGAUUGUUUGUUGAGUUCUACAUACUAUUUAUUUUGUUAUGCGUUUCAAGAUGUAUCGGUGCUUUCACUAAGCAUUGCAUGUUUGUCAGUAUGUUUAGAAUUUCUAACAGUCCAAGGUAUAUAAGUGUGGUUUAAGUCACAUGUUCUUUGUUGAGGUAUGUUCAUGUAUUUUAAUGAUAAUACAAAGACAUGUUGAUGUUUCGUUUUCGAUUCAACAUGUCUGCAAUUGUUUUUUUAUAUAAGUCCGAUAAGUUUUUUAAAAGACAAUACAGUUUGGAAUUGUAUAACUGAUGACAAGUUUGAUUGUUAAACUUAAACUGUUACACCAAGACACUGUUACACUUUACACUAAGAUAAUCGCAGUUACACGGAGUCAUUGUUACAGUUGCACUAAGAUCUUGUUAGUGUCUCCCAGCUUCUUUGUCAUCUGUCAAGCUGGCCAGCAUAAUGUAUUUGAUAUUUUCAUCUAGAAUAUUUCCUGUAGCCGGAUAAUCUGACACAGACACAUCUCCAGGCCGUGCUGAUUGGUUAGCCUGCAACACACAACCUUCAUCUGUAAAUACCUUCACCCUUAUCUUCAUCCUACACUUCAUCAAAGUCUGUCAGCAGUGGGUAAACUCAAUCUGUCUCCCAUGUCGUCAAUUCUGCAGGUAUCGCGGACAACGCUAGUCGUAAACAAUAGCCACCCUUUUCACACAGUUGUAUAUUAGAAAUACCUUGUAGAAACAUCAGGAAAGCUGGGUCUAUCGGUACAAUGUGUUCCAUAACCAUGGUGAUCAUGAUCUCGUUCCAAUCAAAUUUUUUAACUGAACUCUUUUUCCAAUGUCUCAAGACCUUAUAGGGACUCUCAGAGGUAGAUUAUUAAACUGUGAUAUUUAUAGAAAUGCUUUUUUAUAUCAAUCUUAACCUGUUUGUCAAGAUUGUCAUGUUGUUCCAGUCACAUCUAUAUUCAUAAUUUUUUAAAUGUUUAUUGUGGUCGGGCACGGGUGUACACUGUCUCAUUUACUGGUUUUGAUAUCCUUGUUGUCACAUUCCGGGUUGUCAGCGACGCCACUGUGAAUCACCAUGGUUUUAUAGGCCACGCUGCUUUAUACAUGUACAGAGACUAUUUGUUGUAGUGAAUCUAGAUCUGUUUAUGAAUAAAUCUGUAUAUAUUUCA